GUCAAUUUCAUUGGCUGGAAUUUCUACUCAUGAUGAAAUUUUCCAACUCCUUUAAUCCUUCAAAGAGUUGGUUAGAUUAAAUUUUAAGCGUAUUGAAUGGAAGACUCGCCAUUCAGAAGCUUUCAAAGUCAAGAUGGUUGAACGGGUGAUUCCAUUUGCGACGACUUCCAAAGUCUCCUCUCCAAAUUCUUCAAUGCUCCACAAACUCAUAUCCAUGUUCAUCAAUAGCUUCAACUUUCCACUCCUGCUCCACAGUUCCAUAUUUCUUCCAAAUGUCUACUCCUUUAGAGUAUUAUCGCUCACUCCCACCUGUGAGCAAACUGUAUGGAGUGAGCUGUUUGAUGACCACUGCUGCUUACUAUCUUCAGCUUUAUGACGACGAGAACAUAGCUCUGUUCUACAGUCUUGUAAUUAAAAAGUUUCAGGUUUGGAGGCUCAUUACCAACUUCUUCUUCCUCGGCCCGUUUUCGUUUCAAUUUGCUUUUCGUCUGAUAAUCAUAGCAAAAUAUGGUGUAUCAUUGGAGAGAGGACCCUUUGAUAAAAGAACUGCUGACUAUGUGUGGAUGUUGUUUUUUGGAGCUCUUUCACUUCUGGUGAUGGCUGCCGUUCCAUAUUGUUGGACUCCAUUCAUGGGAAGUUCCUUGGUUUUCAUGAUUGUCUACAUCUGGGGCCGCGAGUUCCCAAAUGCACGAAUCAACAUCUAUGGUGUCGUUUCGUUGAAGGGAUUCUAUCUUCCUUGGGCAAUGCUGGCUCUAGAUCUAAUCUUUGGCGAUCCCUUGAAGCCAGACAUUUUGGGAAUGGUGGCAGGCCAUCUUUAUUACUUUUUGACUGUUCUACAUCCUCUUGCCGGUGGGAAAUUCAUCCUCAAAACCCCUUUCUGGAUUCACAAGCUAGUAGCAUACUGGGGUGAAGGGAUUCAAUUUAACUCUCCUGUACAACGUGACCCUUCUGCUGGUACUGCUUUUCGUGGAAGAAGCUACCGCCUCAAUGCUACUCGAACGAGCACUCGGGAGCGAACACAAACACAAAGACGCUCUUCUCCCUCUCCACCACCACAGCGAGGCUCUAAUCAGGAUGAAGGAGCUGCUUUCCGUGGUCGAAGUUAUCGUCUCGGUAGCUAAGUCUUUCUAGUUUGUGUUACUUGUAUGAUCAUAUUAUGUAUGAUAUUAUUAUCUGAAAACCUUCCAAAGCUAAUUGUCUAGUGAACCACAAGUUGGUUCCAUCAAAAUUAUUUCUUCUGGAGAAGUUUAGAAUCCAUAUUUUGUAAGGAAACAUGUAUAUUGGAUAUGCAUAAGUGGGAAGAAUUUAAACUUGUACCUACUUGCAGUUUCUAUUGACAA